AAAGCCUCUCCUCUGACGCAGCCACCCGGCCACACCUCACGCACAUACAACAAGUCACACGCUAAACAAACGCCGCUCUUUUGACAUGUCUCUUCCUCUGAAUCCUCUCAGGAACAGUGACGAGUAAAAGAGGGAGGCCUUCCCCCACAAAAGCCCUCUCUCUCUUUUCAUCCCUUGCCAGUUGCCACCCCCUUCCCCAAUCUCACAAUUCAUUGCUUGGCUCAUCUGCCUUCUUGCUCUAGAUCUCUGCAUUUGGUUUCACAAAGAAUGGGUCACAAGUGACAAGAGCAGUCUGGAAGAAGAGUCUUUGGAUUCAUCCCAGUUUCUUGAGUUGGAACGAAGAGGAAUUGCAUGGAGCAGUCAUGUCUUGAACAAGAGUUCCAGUAGCAGUACAAGUUCUUGUUCUCUAGCAUUUGGAGGCCCCUAGUUGCUUAUCCCUCCGCAGCUCACGAAGAACUGGAAGCAGCAAUUAAUACUUCUCGUGAGAAGAAGAAACUGGAGCGUCCGGUUCAAGAUUUUCUGCAUUUAUUCCGAGUUUCUUAUAAAAGGGAGAGGGAGAGGCUUUCAAGAUUCAAUACGAGCGGAGGGGAUGCGCUGCAUUUGAAUCCCAGAGAAUCGGGUUUGAAUUUUGCGUCUCCUUCUUCUUCUUCCUCUCGUGGCCGGGCGGCGCGGGGGCAUGAAGAACGGCGGCUCCUCCGCGGCGAGCGCCGCCGGCGGCGGCGGCCUGGCGAUCGCGGAGCGGCAGAAGGCGGCGCCGUCGUGCGUGGCGGCGCUGUUCCAGAUGCUGGCCAAGAGGAAGCUCUUCUCCUCGUCCUCCAAGAAGACCAAGCUGCUUCCCCCAGUGCGGCCACAGAAGUUCUCGCCGGGAAGACCGCCCGGCGGCGGCGAGAAGACGCCGGCGGCCAAGAAGAGACCUCUCCUGCUUGAUUCUGCAGACUAUGCAAGGAGCAGAAGUGAAGGCCAUGGCACCAGUAGCUUGCCAUCACCUAGCGAAGAUAGGAAUCACAGUGAAAUGUGCACCCCGGGUGUGGUAGCCCGGCUAAUGGGUCUCAGCUCAAUGCCGUCUAUCAGCCAUGAAAGGUCAGCCAGCACUAGCGACUCAGCCGAGGUUGGCGAUCAUGGGAAUGGGUGCUCUCAAGGUUUGCCAGGUAACUCAGGGAGCAUGGGCACCUCUCAUCAGAAGCAACAGAAGCCAGGGCAGCUCAGGGAUGAACGGCACAACAACGGCAGCCAGUUUGAUAAAAAUGCACAGGUAUUGUGGUCAGGGAGACACCAUCACAAGGUAGCUUCACCUCUUAAGAGCCCAAGGUCAAUUUCAAGCAGGAACAAAGCUCGAUUGAUGGAAGCAGUAGCCAGGGUUCUGGAACCCGGUUUGCAGAAUCGCCACCGGGCUCAGCGGCAUGCACGCUUAGAGUAUCCAUGCAAUGGCGCUGGUGUGGAGGGUACUGGUGUGGAGAGUGCUGAUAAACCAAUAUCAGGUUCUCGUAACGUAGGAGCUACUUAUACUUCUAGUCAGUUGUCUGAAGAGAAUGUAAAGAAGAUUGCUGCUGCUAGGAGGCCAAACCAGAAUGUAUCAUUGCAGGUGCAACCUGAAGGAAAAAGUAAGACCUUGCCUGUUAGCAGCUUGAACAAGAAGGCUAGAUGUAAGGAGAGUGAUGCAAUGAUCUCCAAUGCUUCUGCUGACACAUAUCAUGAUGUCCGGGAAAUUCAGCCAAGAAACAUAUACCGAGGAAAUGUUGCUUGUAGCCCUCUAAAGCAGAACAACCUGAAGCAGAACACAUUGCCUAUAAUUUCCAGAACAGGAGAUCCAGGGCAUAUGGUCCAAGGGCAGAAACCUAGAACUGGGGAGCAAUAUGUGGCAAACACUGCGAAGAAUUUUGUUUCUUUAAACAAAAGCAUGAACAGUGGUACAUCUUCAAGGUCCAAAGGAAAAGAACUGGAUAAAAUCGGUGUGUCUUGCAGUAGUGCAGAGGACAAGAACUCGAGCACAAAAGGUCAUCGAACCAGUGGUCUACGUAGUGAUUGUUCUAACAAACAGAAGGUGAGGACCACAUCACCAAAAGCUAUGGAGAAAGAUAUGAUAAUUGCAAAAGGUGCAGGGUUAGUUAGCGAGAAGCCAAAGACUGCCAGUCCAAACUGUGUUAGGAGACAGGUAGAGUCGCACAAUGCUCCCAGGUGUAACGGCUCGGACAUUGUUUCGUUCACUUUCAGUUCACCAAUGAAGGCUAUCCCUACUUCUCUGCUUGGUGAUAAUACUAGAGGAAAAGGUAGUUCUGUUCUGGAAUCUCCAAAUGGUAGUUAUCCUAAGAAAAACUCUCAUAGGGACUGUCAAAAUAUUUCUUCACAAAGGGAAUUAGCUUUCAGGGAAAAAUUACAGAGCAAAUCAAGUAUGGAGGCUGUAGAAUCAGUUUGCUUUAAUCGCUAUGAGUUGAAGAACAUAGAUAUCCCUGAUCACAGAGUAACCUCUUCAUUGUUUGAAAAGAGGAGUGAUUUGCCUGUCACAGAAAAAUCUUUAUUUGGUGAAUUUCUCUGGGAGUUGGACGGUCUGAUUUAUGGCUUUGGAGAGCUUCCUAAUCCUGUGGAGUCGCGUGAAACUCAUAAGAAGCCUGAGGCCAACAGAAAAGCUAGUAAUCCAUCUCGAUCUGUUCCUGGAGGCAACAGACAACGAGGAAUUCUUCAAUCUACAUAUGCAGAUGAGAACUUCACUUCUGGGAAUCUAAAUUACACUCGGCCAGAGGCUCAGAUCAAAGAAAGACGAUGCUCAGAGACUUCCCCGCCACCCUUUAGCGCACGGGAUGCAGAUACCAAGAGAAGUUCCAGGCAUGAUGAACCUAAUUUUGGCCAGCCUGGUGUGCACCAUCACCGACUUGAACCGGCAGUUGAGCACAGUAAGCCGUUGCAUCCCGGGGAGGUUACAUCGACUGUCGAGCUGCUACUGGCAAGCCUCUGCUCAUCUGGCCUGCAAAAACCAAGAACAGCUGCCAAGACAUUCCUUCUCCGGACAUCUGAAUCUGCUCUUGCCAAGAACAGCAGCUUCAAGGUGGCCGGAGGAGCGAACCCGCUGCGGGACCUUGCGUUCGACUUCGUCACGGAAUGCCUGGACACGAUGUGCGUCCAGCUUUGCGGCUGGGGCUACAGGUCGUUCUCGAAGCUCGCCAUGGUCUGCACAGAGGAGGAGCGGCUGGCUGCGGAGGUCAGGAAGGAGGUGGUGAGGCACAGCCCCAUGGCCGGUAAGGCCCUGGACGAACUGGCCACGGGCGAUGUCGAGCGCACCUUUGAGACCGGCGUGGCAGAUGAAGCAUUCCGGAUCGGCGCCCAGAUCGAACGGGACUUGCUCCAGGAGCUGGUGGAUGAGAUUUGGUGGGACAUGCUCAAACCGUUGCAAUGUAUGUAAACCCUGCCUGUUGACAGAUUGACUUGACGGUAGAGUAUAUGGGCUGGUGGUGGGUGAGGUUCUAUCCAUGCCGUGAUAAAAUGCCUCCCCUGCCGCUGUCGUGGGCCGCCACUCCGAACGGCGUCGUGCGACAGAGAUCGCAGGUGGCGGCUGUUUAUGUUGCACGGGAGAGUGCAGAAUCUCAAAUCUCGUUGUGUCA